AUGAAGGGAAGUUACGACAUUCCAGUGUCCACCAAUGUGCAGAGAAGAUAUAAUCGCUGGAAAUUUUAUGUUCCAGUCAUCUAUGACUGGUUCAUCAACCAUAAUCUUUCUUGGCCCUCUCUCUCCUGCCGGUGGGGCCCUCAAUUCGAUGAAACUAGGGAUACCAAGAAACAACGUUUGUACCUUACUGAACAGACUGAUGGUAGUUAUCCAAAUACUCUAGUUAUAGCAGACUGUGAGAUUGUUAAGCCUAAGGUUGCAUCAGAGGAUAUCAGAAGGUUUCAUGAAGACGCACGCUCUCCCAAUAUCAAGAAGAACAAAUCCAUUAUUCACCCCGGAGAGGUUAACAGAAUCAGGGAAAUGCCACAGAAUAAUAAUCUGUUGGUGGUGCACACAGAUAAACCUGAGUUAAUAAUUUGGGAUAUUGACGCUCAACCAGCUCGCCAUGCUAUCCCUGGAGCUGAAUAUUCCAUACCGGAUCUGAUACUGGCGGGGCACGAUGAUAUUGCUCAAUUUGCUUUGGCUGUUUCUGCUUCUGAACCUUAUGUUCUUUCUGGAGGGAAGGACAAGAAUGUUGUUUUAUGGAGUGUGGAAGACCAUAUGACAUCUUUAGCACAGGCAGCCUACUUUAGACUCGGUUCCAUUAUUGGUAGGAAUUAUAACCCUGUUGUCAAUCCACGUGGCAUCUUCCGUGGACACACUGAUACUGUCGAAGAUGUCCAGUUUUGCCCUACUAGUCCACAAGAGUUCUGUAGCGUAGGGGACGAUUCCAACUUCAUAUUAUGGGACGCCCGUGUUGGCCCAGACCCCGUUAUCCAGGUCCAGAAAGCUCAUCUUGAGGACGAUAUCCACUGUGUCGAAUGGAAUAACUUCGAUGUUAAUUAUAUUCUCACUGGUUCUGCUGAUAGGUCAGUUCACAUGUAUGAUCGUCGAAACCUUAACAAUGGCCGACGAGGACCGAAUCCUGUUUAUAAAUUCCAGGGACACGAUGCAUCUGUCCUUUGUGUUCAGUGGUGUCCCGAUAAACCAUCCGUAUUUGGCACUUCUGGUGAUGAUGGCAUUGUUAACAUUUGGGACUAUGAAAAGGUUGAGAGAGGUUCAUCUUGUGCUGGUGGUGUGAGAGAAGAAAGGGCACCUCCUGGUUUAUUCUUCCGACAUGUUGGUCACAGGCAUAGGGCAAUUGAAUUCCAGUGGAAUCCAUCAGAUCCUUGGACCAUUGUUAGUCUCUCUAAUGAUUGCAGAGGUCUCGGAGGUGGUACAUUACAGAUGUGGCGAGUGAUGGAUGUAAUAUAUGAAGAGAAUAAUGAGAACGUGGAGAGGAAAAUGGCAGAGCUGAACAGGUUCAGACGUUGCACUGCGGGACGAAGCCUGUCAUCUAUCAAGGAUUUAUGCUUUUGCUUCUAG